AGCGGGGCGGACCUUUGUUGUGGCGGUGAGGAACAGGAAGCCCUGAAGGGUCAAAAGGAAUACAAACGCCAAGACUGUUUUGUUUUUCUUUUCUCUUUUUUUUCUAAAGAGCAAUCGGCGUUUGCGGUGGCGGUUCGGGGUGGGCGCUACCGAGGAGAAGGUGUCCCGGCUCCCGCCCUUCGACUGAUUGUUCCACAAUGGAUGGAGGGGAUGACGGUAACCUUGUUAUCAAAAAGAGAUUUGUGACCGAGGCAGAGCUGGAUGAACGGCGCAAAAGGAGGCAGGAAGAAUGGGAGAAGGUUCGAAAACCUGAAGAUCCAGAAGAGUGUCCAGAGGAGGUUUAUGACCCGCGGUCUCUCUAUGAAAGGCUACAGGAGCAGAAGGACAGGAAGCAGCAGGAGUACGAGGAGCAGUUCAAAUUCAAAAACAUGGUAAGAGGCUUAGAUGAAGAUGAGACCAACUUCCUUGAUGAGGUUUCUCGGCAGCAGGAAUUAAUAGAAAAGCAACGAAGAGAAGAAGAACUGAAAGAACUGAAGGAAUACAGAAGUAAUCUCCACAAAGUUGGAAUUUCUCCAGAAAACAAGAAGGAAGUGGAGAAGAAAGUGGCUGUGAAACCCAUAGAAACCAAGAACAAGUUCUCCCAGGCAAAGCUGUUGGCAGGAGCUGUGAAGCAUAAGAGCUCAGAGAGUGGCAGCAGUGUAAAAAGACUGAAAUCGGACCCUGACCCAGAUGGCAAGAAUCAAGAGGCCUCGUCCUGCGUGUCUCUGGGCAGCACGUCCCUGAGCAGCCCCGCCAUCCACUGCCCCUCCGCCGCGGUGUGUAUCGGCAUCCUCCCGGGCUUGGGCGCCUACUCCGGGAGCAGCGACUCUGAGUCCAGCUCGGACAGCGAAGGCACUAUCAACGCCACUGGCAAGAUCGUCUCCUCCAUCUUCCGAACCAACACCUUCCUCGAGGCCCCCUAGCCGCUGUGUCCUUGUCACAAGGAGCUCCUCCCCAGGAGGGGACUGGAUGGUGCCUCUGCCUCCAGGCAUUACCUCCCUCAGAGAACUUUUGGUCGGCUCCCUGUGCACACCGUGACAGUUUUAACCUCUCUAAAAAUGUGCCGGGAUUCACCUGUGGCACGACUUGUGUUUGGUCUCUCCUUCCACUCCUGUGCAGACGCCCACACCUGUCUCACCGCCUUUUUCCUCACUGACAUGGUGGGGGGUGCUGGGGCCCAGCAGGAACUCCCCUGGAAGUGCCCUGGGAAGGCAGGACAGCGGGCCUGCACGGGGUUUGGGUUAGGUGGUUUUCUUGGGGUUCUGGGGGUUUUGUUUUUGUUUUUGUUUUUUUUCUUUUCCAACAGCACAGGGAGGCAAGGGCCAUUUUUGGGCAGGCGUCAUUUUAAACAUCUUAUUCUAGACGGACGCGCUGUUUGGUUGUACCGCCUUGUGGCAGCGCGUGGCGGAGCCGCCCUGGUGACGACCUGGUGCAGUCCCCUGGAACUAACCGACUCUCGAUGUUGUGUGACUAAGAUUAAAAACCACGUCCGCAGAGGUGUCAGUUAACACUCAUCAUUCAGCGUGAAGUGUUUCCUUACUUUUGGAAAACUUAGUCCUCCUCCCUUUACCUAAUCCCAUUUAAGACUCUAAACCUUAGAGAAGCAGACACGGGCCUCAUUUCAGCAUAGCCAGAAAUCAGAGGCGCUACUAGGUAUGUGGAUGAGGCGACUUAUUUUUGGCAGCUCCUGGGUUCCUGGUACUGAAGAUCAGUGGGACGCACCUGCAUGUUCUGACUGUACUCUGUACCCUGUCGAGGUUCCUCUCUGGUUGACACCUUUAUUGUUGUGGCUUCCAACUAUGAAGCUAUUUUUAGCCUGAAGGUACUGCCCUAGUCCUUUCCUCCUCUUUUCUGCUGCCCCCCCCGCCCCACUCUUUUCUCUUCCCAGACAGAGCAGCUCCAAGGCUGUGAGCAGCCAAGACCUGGAGGUGCUGCCCCACCUCCACGUCUGAGCAGGAGGAAAGGACGGA